UAGAGAAGUCGUUGUUGAAGCACUUUAUAAUAGCAGUUGGUUGACAGUAGCGCAGCAUUGGAGACUGGGGCAGAUUCGCCUCCACAUCGGUCUGCUGUCCUGGUUCUGGAUCCCUGGUUCUGCUCGCCAGGCCCCUCUGUUGGUGUGUAGUCGGGGAGAUCGAGGAUGUGUUGCUGGAUCCGUCUGCUCCCGCUCGCUCUGGUGUUCAUCCAGGUCAGGAGCGGAGACUGGGGGGCACAAGGUCCAGAAGAACUGUUCAGGCCCACCAUCACAGCCCUGCAGGGAGACUCUCCCUCUCAGAGCCUGCAGGUGAGCUGGUUGCUCCAGCAGCCAGAGAGGCCAGCCUCUAGCCUCCUGGAGGGGAGACCCAUCUAUGAAGUUCAGGUGGGACGCACCCGGAACCUCACCGUGGUCCACACUACCAACGUGAGUGUCUAUGAUGUGGAUGGAGCAGGCGUGGUCAAAUGGACCUGGAUCUCCUCUCUGCCUUUGGAGUGUGCCGAUCACUCAGUCAGAAUACGACAGUAUGACCCCAACCUCACCCCCACCCCCGCCUCCACCCCCAGCUCAUGGAGCAUAUGGAUGACCAGUAAUGGAGUGCAGCCAGAUAAGGAAAACGGGACAACGCAGGUGUUUCCGCCGGAAGGGGUGCUGAGAGAGAGGUCUUCUCCCCUGAUCUGCUGCAUUCCCCCAAGAGGAGCCUUCAUCACCAGCAUGGAGUUCAACAGGACCUACUACACUCCGGUGGAACUGGAUGAUGGGGGCCGCGCCAUCCAGGUCAACCCCCUAACCGUCACAGCCCCGUUGGGGGUGUACUUCUCCUAUCAGGACUCUCUCAUGGAGAGAUCUAGCUAUCAUUCCUACUUUGUCAGCUUUCCACCUCCGAGACCAGAGAACCUGACCUGUGGAACCACUGACAGGAGAACUGUCACCUGCACCUGGGAAUCUGGCAGGAAAACCAACCUGCCCAAUCGCAACGAACUGAAGUCCAGCCUAAUCGUACAGGGGUCGGGCCGUUCCCCCGUCAGCUGCAGCCAGGCGGGCUCUUGUGAGUUCACAGCCCUGGAAGGUGUGGAGGAGUACCACGUCACCGUGGUGGCAGAGAACCUGCUGGGGGUGGAGAGACAGAGCUACGGCUUCAACAUCUCAAAACGAGUGUUCCCUAUUCCAGAGCAGGUGUUUGUCUGGCCUGGGGUGAGGGAUGCCAAUGUGUCCUGGAGACUGGAGGGAAACAUGUCUGACCUGGGUCUGCUGUGCCAGGUCAUGCUCCCAGACACCUCAGACAUUAGGGUGAAUUGUGGGAGUCUGGGAGAACAUUGUGGAGUCACAUUGGAGAACCUGGAGCCCAACACUCUCUACCCCUCCAGGCUGCGCUGCUCUGUGAGGGGUGGGCUCUGGGGCCCGUGGACUGAGGUACCCUUCACCACCCUUCCCCUGGUGAGCCUGGAUACAUGGGGCUGGGUGAGAAAGCACUCUGCCAGCCACUGGAUCCUGACCCUGCUGUGGACCAGGAUUGAGAGUGGCUCAGCCUCGACAGGGGGUGUCCAGGGCUACCGGGUGGAGUGGAGACAGGGGGAGCACAGCGCCUCCGUGUUGAUAGACAAAGAAGAAACCCAGACAGAGCUCUCGAUUGGUCCGGAGCAGUGUGACGUCACCGCGGAGGCUGUCCUUCAGCGUGGCUCCUCCAUCCCGUCUCAUCUGAGCUUGCCACGGGCGGAGAGCAGAGAGUGCCCUUCACAGCAUCAGCGUGUGAGCGGCAAUGGCACGACAGGGUUCCAACUCUCCUGGGUGGAAAAGAAAGCGGUCACCUGUGGCUACACGGUGGAGUGGUGCACUAUGGGAGGUGUAGUCCCCUGUAAGGUGACGUGGAGAAAGGUGCCAGUGGGGCAUGCAUCUCUAUAUCUGCCAGCAGACAAAUUUAAUGUGGGCCGCAGAUACACCUUUAACAUCUACGGGUGCACGGAGGACGGUGAGAGAUGUCUGGAGUCGCAGACAGGAUACUUACAGGAGCUCAAGCCGACCCUGGUUCCCACUCUGAUAACACCUGUUCACUUUGCAUCCUCAUCUGUAACCCUGGAAUGGCGUUACAAUGACGAUGACCCAGCGCAUCCCGGUUUCAUCAUUGGUUACCAAGUUACCGUGAUAACGGCAGGGAUACAAAGCACAGCAGCUAUGAAGAUUUUGGAUCGAAGCAGGAAGUCUGUGACCAUUCCUGAGCUCCAGGAACACCAGGAGUACACCUUCCGUGUGUGUGCUCUCACUAAGGAGGGCCCCGGGCCAGAGACCAGCUUCACUGGCACAACCUCCAGGAACUACCCUGUGUUGCUGGCUAAGAUCCUGACUCCUACACUGCUGCUACUAGCCUGCGCUGCGCUGCUGUGGCCUCAGAGGAACAUGCUGAGGAGUGGAUUUGUGGAGGUGUUCGGGUUCUCGGCUGACCUCAACAUCCAGGAUCUCCAGCUGGACCGCCACCUGAGUGAGGCUUCAGAGCGUCUAGGUUCCCUGAAGGAGGAGGAGUGUAGAUGCUGUAACAUUGAGAUCGUCAACAUCAGACCCACUGUGACAGAUGGGGCUAUCCUGUUACCCCCUCAACCCUCCUCCUCGACCCCCCUCUGCUCCUCCCAGCUUCUGGGAGAUUACUGUCCUCAACCGAACAUCAAGGUCUGGGACAGGCAAGUUUGCCAGGGAGAGACCAGCCUAACCAACCACACUUACCUUCCCACCGUGGGGGUGGAGCAGUCCACUGCGACGCAACCAAUCAGACUCAAAGAUGUUAACGUCGCCUGCGGUGAUCCUGAUUGGUCAGACCUGGAUGACUAGUGUGAGAUAGUUAGUGGGUACCACCUCAUAUGAGCUUGCGGCUUUAUUGAGCCAUAUAGGUCUACAUAAUGCCAGCUUAAUGCAUAAUUAAGCUUGCAGUCCGUUAUAAUAAUAUUACGUAUUAACUUGGGAGAUGCUUUCAUCCAAAGCGAUGUACACAGAGGUGCCUCUUGGUUUGCAGUGAUGCCUACCACUGAGUCUUGUGGUCUUCAGUGUUCAGUCUAGUAUGUGCACACGCACUCACACUCACACACACAGACCGAGGGAGCUGGGUCCACUGACUCGUCGGCUGACUCCAUUGAAGGCAGGGGGACAGAGCUUGGAGUUCAAGUGUGUGGUUGAUCGGUGUUUGUGACAUCUUUACUGAAGUUAUGGCUAAUAAAGCUUGCAGAACGUGCCUCAAU